AUGGCGUCCAUCGAAGCCUGGGCGCUCCCUCGACUCCAACAGCUCUUGCCACUUGACGACGAGUCGCUAAAGCAGGUCAUUGGCUACGCAGACUCGCUGUCCAAGGAUGCAGCCGCCGAGCACUUGAAGAACUUGCUAGGGGAUGACGCGAGAAGCCUCGAGUUCAUAUCUACCUUCAACCUUCGACGACAGAACGCACCCGCGCAGGCUCCUGGCCAAGCCACGGGGACCACAUCCAGCACUGCUGCAGCAGCCACGCCAGAUACACCGAAGAGGUCGCGGCCUCAGAAGAAGAGAGCGAAUAUCCACUCUUUGCCCGCCCGCCAGCUGGAAGGUCACGGUGACACUUCCGGUGCCUACCAGAAACGCCAUGAGCAAGAUUAUAUGGCCGCUUCAUUUCGUCAGAGGCACAAAGAUCAGGUAGCAGGCAAUCUUGCACUGCAACGCAAACCGGAUGCAACCCAGAUGCCACUGAUUACAGAUGAUGCCGCUCCCACAAGUGCUCCCAUCACCAGUAAGCCUCCCCCUUCUGCUUCCGGACCUCUGAUAUCAGACGCCCUUUCCACGAAGAGAUCGGGUUCUACACGAGAAUCCACUGCGUCUUCCAGAAAUGCAUCACCGUCUCCAAGAACCAAGAUCAAUAUCGCUGGCGGUACCGCCAUGCACGGAGCCUCGACUGCUCUAUCCGACUUGGACUCUGCAAUUCGUGCUCUCGAGGUGCAAAUCAACCCAGGACUAUCUGCAGGAUCAGCAGCUGAGACGGAAAGACGCAAGUGCAAUUGCAUGGCCACGAGGCAUCCCCUCCUCGACAUGGCACCUAACUGUCUGCAGUGCGGCAAGGUCAUCUGCGUGAAGGAGGGUCUUGGCCCUUGCACGUUCUGCGGCGCACAACUUAUGGGCGCUGAAGAACUACAGAAAGUUCUUAGAGUACUGAGAGAUGAACGUGGAGAGGCCCGGAUGAAGGCUAACAAUGCUGGACACAAGAAAGCAGAUGUGGCGCAAGGAAAGGCAAGGGCGUUCACAGGUCGGGAUUUCCUCGCACAAGCAUCAUCGUCGCGAUCAUCGCCAUUGUCCUCCCAGCCAUCUACUCCCGCCGGCUCGGACGACGAAGCAAGUGCGAAGGCGAAAGAUCACAGGGACAGGCUUCUCGGGUUCCAGGCUAACAAUGCCCGCCGCACACGAGUCCAUGAUGAGGCCGCCGAUUACGACGUACCAACUGCAGGGACCAACAUGUGGGCGAGUCCGCAGGAUCGGGCAAUGCAGCUGAAGAAGCAGCAAAAGAUACUCCGCGAAAUGGAGUGGAACGCAAAACCAGAGUAUGAGAAGCGCCGCGUGGUGGCUAGCAUUGACCUGAAGGGUGGGAAGAUCGUGCGAAAGAUGGCAGAGGUAGAAAAGCCAGAUUUUGGUAACGAUGACGAAGCAGAGGUGGAAGAGCACCACCAAAGCGCUCCCUCUGGUCAAGGAGGUGCAUUCAGCCACAAUCCGUUAGCUUCUGGUCUUAUCCGGCCAGUUGCUCGCGAAGGUAAGGGAAAGGAUACGGUUAGGGAGAAUAGAAACACAUGGCGGCGGGUGCAGAUGGAUGAAGAUGAUAACGAGCAGUGGAUCCUGGAUGGCGGAGUCUACGGCGGGCAAGCGACAGAUCGCCCUUUGGGCGAUGAGGAGCACGCUCAAGGAUGA